AUGUUUAAUGUGAGUUAAAUCUAAAUGUGUAUGCAUUACUACAUGUAGAUACCUAUGAGAAAUCACCUGCUCCAUGUAUUGGCAAAUAGUGAUCAAUGGAAUAAAUGAGUUACCUGAAACUACAACCCAGAUUCUGGCUAAUAUGUUUAAUAAAUGAUCAAUUCAUUAAAGCCCAAGCAACACACAAUCAGUUAUGUAACAUUUUCUGCACCAGACCAGUGUCAGACAGAGGAGGCUGGUGGGAGGAGCUAUAGGAGGAUGGGCUCAUUGAACAUGAGUCAAACAUGUGGUUUCCAUGUGUUUGAUACCGUUCCAAUUAUUCCAUCCUGGCCAUUCCAAUGAGCCCGUCCUCCUAUAGCUCCUCCCACCAGCCUCCUAUGGUGUCAGAUAUGGACUUUUUGCAGACUCCAUUGCUUUGGGAAUGCCCUCCCUCAAAUGGACUGACAGGCCUACUGUAGUUACAUAUUUCCUAUUCCUCUAUUGUUUUCCAGGUGAAAGAACUGGUGCUCGAUAAUUGUCGCUCAAAUGAAGGCAAAAUCGAGGGCCUCACAGAUGAAUUUGAAGAGUUGGAAUUUCUAAGCACAAUCAACGUUGGGCUGACUUCGGUCUCCAACUUGCCGAAGCUGAACAAGCUGAAAAAAGUUGGUUUGCUCAUUUUUGAACAAUUUUUUUUUGUUGCUAUACUAUUACCACUUGUUGUGCAGUAAUGUGUAAAGUGCUAAAAUAUGUUUUAUGGGUGUCCUGGUGUGAUUACUCAUACAAUUGUUGCAUUAUUUUCUCCUCAGCUUGAACUCAGCGACAACAGGAUCUCAGGUGGGCUGGAAGUGUUGGCGGAGAAAUGCCCAAACCUCACACACCUCAACCUCAGCGGCAACAAAAUUAAAGACCUCAGCACGAUAGAACCUCUGGUAGGUAGCGGGUGUCAUGACAACGUAGCAGCUCUGUGUAUAUAUAUACUAUACAGUAGUUUUGCCUUUCAAUGUGCUAUUGAGUCUAAAAGGGGCCCCUAAAUGGACAUAACAUUGUCCAGAAAAUACCUUAUUUAUCAAAUGCUUGCUGUUUGGGGUUUUAGGCUGGGUUUCUGUAUAGCACUUUGUGACAUAUGCUGAUGUAAAAAGGGCUUUAUAAAUACAAUUUGAUUGAUUGAAAUGUACCUCAUAACUUAUAUGUAAAGCUUUUGAGGUAAACAAUUAGCAACUAAACAGUAUUAAAGAAAAUAAACAAAGCCGAAAUAUUCUUAUUUCAUCAUCCGACUUCUCUUCUUUCACAGAAAAAAUUAGAGACCCUCAAAAGCUUAGACUUGUUCAACUGCGAGGUGACCAACCUCAACGACUACCGAGACAACGUGUUCAAGCUCCUCCCCCAGUUGACGUACCUCGACGGCUACGACAAAGACGACAAGGAGGCGCCAGAUUCGGAUGCAGAGGCCUAUGUGGAGGGACUGGAUGAUGAAGAUGAUGACAGUGAGGGUACGAUUAAGACAGAUUCAUAUUAUUUAAAAUGUUGGCAAAUAAAUAAUAUUCUGAUUGUGGCAUGCUUGAAACAUAAGCCCACAGUGUUCUGACCAAUGACCUUUGUGUUUUUCUGAUGGUAAUUAUGUUCAUGAUGUUGUUCAAACGUUUCCUUUUGUAACAACUGUAUUAUAGGACGUUGCCGCAGUGAAUGACUUGCAUUAUAACUGUGUAACUUUGUAAUAGCCCGUAGGUGUUUCUGAUCACUCUUAAUAGUCUAAUUCUAUUUUCAACUGCAGAGGUAGAUGAGGAGGAGGAGGAGGAGGAUGAGGAUGAAGAUGCCCCACCAAGGGAUAAGGAUGAGGAAGGUGAAGAAGAGGAAGAGGAAGACCUAAGUGGAGAGGUGAGACUUUGAGGAAGGUGCUGCAAUGAUACUUUUAUCUUGAUCGAGGCCUGCGUGAGUAGUUCAAUGAUAAAAAUUAAAAAAAGGCCACACAAAAUGAUCACAUACCUGCUGGUGUUAAGUGAUGCAGACUGGGAUAAUGUCUGCUAAACCAGCAAAGGCCUGGUGCUCUUCACCCCCCAGAAGGGGCAUCUCAACCACUGCACUAUGACAUCAUUAUUUGAAUGUGACCAAGGGCCCAUGACAAGGGAGAUUCUGAGCUGUAUUUGUCUCCUCUUAGGAGGAAGAGGAGGAGUUGGACGGCAAGGAGAGUGAUGAGGACAAUGAAGGUGAGUGGGGUGGGAAUCUCACUGCUGUAACCGAAUGCGCAUCGUCACAGUAUCGUGUGUAGCUUUAAUGUUGGGACUGAUUUUAAAAUAACACUUUGACUUAAGUUGAACGUGACCAAUGACUUUUUUGUUUUCCUAGAAGAGGAGCGAGGUCAGAAGAGGAAAAGGGAUCUAGACGAGGAAGCGGAGGAGGAUGAAGACGACUAAAGAUGUGCUCACCACCAAGCUAUGUUCUGAUCAGACUGUUUUAACCUUGUAUUCCCUGUCCCCACCCCCACCCCUCUGUAUUUGUCUGUUGUCAUAUAUUACAGUAGGCAUGGGUAGUGUCAUGGGCCAGCUGGGUAAAGGGUUGGUCUAAGGAAACAAGUUGACAUAUAAUUUUUUUCGUAUGAUUUUUUUUGUACUUUUUGAUUCCUUCUAUUCUACUCUUCUGUCCCCUGCAAACCACUGAAAGGGCAGAAGUUCACAACAUUUCGUAAAAGUCCACUAUUAUUAGCUCUAACCUGUAAAGGUGUUGUUUUCUCACUGAUAUUGAUACCUUCUGUGUAUACAGAUUUCUGAUGAUGAUUUAUGUAUUUAAAGCGACAAACUACCAAAAAUCCUUUUAGAAAUGCAUGUCUGAACUAGAUUUUAAAGUCGACUACAGGAUUUGAAGUAUGACAGUUUCCUAUCUCCUUUUCUUAUUCAGUGUCUUUUUUUUUCAGUGUAAAUUAAGCGUUUGUGGUGUCAUCCGUAUAUCAUUACAGUAUGUGCUGUUUUCAUCAUAGAAAGGGUGUGUGUUUAAACAUGCAUAGAAUGGCCUGUAUGCAGGGUGUCUUUUUAAGCACAGUAAAGAAUGUCUGCCCUUGUCAGAAUGUUGCUCCUUAACCCCUAGCUUUGAUAGUUCGGAAAUUACGUGUUAUUUGUAAAUACUGACCAAAUCUAUUUUGUUUUUCUAUUACUGUUUGAUAAUGGCAGACAUUUACACUUAAUUAAUUGUAACGAUGAACUGUAGUAAGACAUUGAAUAUCUGUGCAGCCGUACCUAAAAUAGGCUAUUUGAAUCUGGUACACCAUUUCCAUUUUCACUGAAUGAUAUUUACUGAAUAUAUUCGCUGAAUCCAAAUUUGUUGUUGCUGUCCCACUCUUCAUGUCCAUAUUCGUUACCCACCCGUGUAAUACACCGCUGGGCAAUGUGCAAAGAAAACACCUUUUUGCAUUUUCUUUUCUUAAACCAUAGGGCAGUUCAUAGUCAGAUAGGCCUACCUCAGUCAUGUUCCCCUUGCAUGUUUAACCCACUGUCAUCAAAGCUAAUCCCUUACCAUGAGACAAACUUUCGAUUAUCUCCCUUUCACUUCAAUAAAUCUAUUUUUUUUUUUUUUUU